AUGUCCCUAAGUCUGACCGAGUUGAACUACUUGGUGUGGCGGUAUCUCCAGGAGCUGGGCUACGACCUCGCCGCCUAUGCCCUUGACAAGCACCUGGAGUGCUCCCGGGCCACCGAACGCGACGACAAUCCGUUGGUGGCCAAAGUAUUUCCCGGAGCCCUCGUCGACUUGGUGCAAAAGGGGAUCCUCUAUACCAUGACCGAAGAGGAAGUGGAGGGUAAACCCGAGCUUCUCACCCUCAUGGGAAGCCUUUCUCAUACCCCUCAAGACCCCCAGCUACCGCUAAAGCUGGAAGAAACCCCACACACUAAUGGCACCACCGACACGCCGAUGGAGGUCGAUACCUGGCUGAAAACUGCUAACGGCGAACUGUUCACCACCAACACCCUUAGCCCUGUGCUUGAAUUCACCCCCAGCAUCUCGUUUGCAUGGCACCCGCUGCUUCUGAUCUUUGCCUGUGGAGAAAACAACCCCCAGGCGAUUAUCUCGGUGCUUAAUGGCCAGCACCUGGCGGUAGUGGAACUGGUGACACUCACCCAUCCAGCUCAGGCUGGAGGCGGUGCUAAUCUGGUGAAUAUGGUGUCGUGGGUUCCCCUAGGGACGUUACUUGUCACUGCCUGUGCUUCAGGAGAACUCAGGUCGUGGUCACCUGACGGAAAGCUUAAAAACUUAGCUCCCCUUGGUGCUACCGGUGAUCUGAGACUGCCACCAUUAGCGUUAGCGCUUGAAUGGCUGGAUCUGGGCCAGUUCUUGUUACUGGUGGAUACUCACCAUCAAGUAUCAUUAUGGGACGCUAACUUAAACCUAAUCAAGUUGAUUCGCACAGGAGACGCUAACCGCGACGACAAACACGCCGCCGUUUGCAUCAGCUGGCUCAGCGAGCACAAAUUCUGUGUUACCACUCGCAAGUACCUGAUAAAAGUGUACAAUAUCUCCAACAAUUUGGACGUCCACCCCAUUGGUUCGUUACACGGUCACGACCACCCGAUACUGAAGAUUAUCCGCAAUACGAGUUCGAAGUUUUUGGCUACCGUGAGUGAUUUUGACUACAUAAUUAAGAUCUGGGCCGCAGGGGUGCUGCAAGAGUGUUUGGACUUAAAUACGCCGCAAAACAACGCCAAGUUUCUCCACACAUCACCGGUUAUCGGCAUGUUCUGGCUUGAGCCCGAGGGAGCAUCGCAGCUGCUAUUGCUUACAGUACUGAUGGACGCUGUUCUUAAUCUCUGGGAUACCAUUCUGGGUCAAAGCGUCAUUUCGUGUCAACUAUACAAAGACGCCACUCUAUUUAGCGACGGCGAAGCCAUCAAGCUUCCAGCGGUGUUGUUUAAUGCCGAUCUCAGUCCCAACGGCCAACUCCUCGCGCUUGCUGAUGACUACGGUCGGGUAACCAUUUGGGAAUUAAGAGUAUCGGCUCAGAAAGUGGUGUGUGUGGGCAGGUAUACCAUUGACAUCCCCCACGGAUCCCCCAAGGUUGGGGUGUGUGACUUGAAAUGGAGUCGUGAUCUGAAGCAAGUGGGCGUCAGCUACUUGGGCCACCCCAGUGUGCUUUUGCAAGUGUGA